AUGGCAAUGCCUCUAUCAUUCUUUCACACUUUAUCGGUGCUGCUUCUGGCUUUCUCACUUCUCACAGAGGCGGCAACUGUAACUUAUGACUUCAAUAUUACUUGGGUUAGAGCAAACCCGGAUGGUGCCUAUGAACGUCCAACCAUUGGCAUCAAUGGGAAAUGGCCAUUACCUGUUAUGAGAGCGAAUGUUGGUGAUCAAGUAAUUGUGAAUGUUGACAAUCAACUUAGCAAUCAAACCACAACCCUUCAUUUCCAUGGUCUUUUCAUGAAUGGCACUAAUCACAUGGAUGGUCCUGCACAAGUAACUCAAUGCGGUAUUCCAUCCGGCUCCAGAUUCGUCUACAAUUUUACGGCCGACCAGCCUGGGACUUAUUGGUAUCAUUCUCACGACAAGGGCCAAUACCCAGAUGGACUCAGAGCGCCAUUCAUAAUCACGGAUCCAGACUUCCCAUAUGCGGAUGAGGUCGACGAAGAAGUCGUUCUCUCAGUCUCAGACUGGUACCACGAAGAGAUGCAAGUAUGGAUUCCUGAGUUCCUUGGGGUUGAAAAUCCAACCGGAGCAGAACCCGUCCCACAAGCUGUUCUUCUCAACGACACUCAAAACCUCACUGUCUUGGUAAAACCUGGGAGGACCUAUCUUUUCCGCGUUGUCAACAUUGGUGCUUUUGCUGGCCAGUACAUCUGGUUCGAAGGCCAUAACAUAACUAUUGUAGAAGUAGAUGGUGUCUGGACUAAAAAGGCCGAGGCAGAAUCUAUCUAUGUCGCUGCAGCUCAACGAUAUAGCUUUUUGCUCACCACCAAGAAUGACACCUCAGCGAAUUUUGCUUUUGUUACAAGCAUGGAUACGUCCCUGUUUGACGUACUCCCUGACGACUUGAAUUGGAACGGAACGGGGUGGCUCGUCUACGACGAUGCUAAAGCUCUGCCGGAUGCCGCAUUUGUUGAUGAAUACAAUGAUUUUGACGAUUUCAACCUUGUGCCCUAUGAUGAAAUGCCCUUACUUCCCGAACCUCAUCAGACAAUCAGUCUCGAUGUGGUCAUGGAUGUGCUCGGGAAUGGUAAACCAUAUGCGUUUUUCAACAACAUUACAUACGUCUCUCCAAAGGUCCCUACCCUAUAUACGAUUAUGUCCGCCGGAGAUCAUGCUACAAACCCAGCAGUUUAUGGGGAGUUUACCCACUCUUUUAUUCUUGACUACGAGCAAACAAUCGAAAUCGUUGUAAAUAAUCUAGACUCUGGCAAACACCCUUUCCAUCUUCACGGCCAUAACUUCCAGGUAAUCCAGCGCUCCGACGAAGAUGCGGGUAUAUUUGACUCCACCAACACCACUCGAACAACAUACCCGCCCACUCCCAUGCGUCGCGAUACUGUCGUCCUUCGUCCAUCCGGCUAUCUCGUCCUCCGUUUCAAAUCCGACAAUCCGGGCGUCUGGCUCUUCCACUGCCACAUCGAAUGGCACGUCGACCAGGGUCUCAUCGCAACCAUGAUCGAGGCACCCCUCCAACUCCAAAAAUCUCUCACUAUUCCCGAGGACCACAUUGCUGCUUGUGAAGCCCGUGGUAUACCAUACAUAGGUAAUGCGGCGGGUAAUACAGUCGAUUUUUUGGAUGUGAAGGGUGCUAAUGUGGCGCCGGGACCGUUGCCUGCGGGUUUCACGGCGAAGGGAAUCGUGGCCAUGUUGUUUAGUUGUCUGGCGGCAUUGUUGGGAUUAGCUACUAUUACGUGGUAUGGUUUGGCGGAGAUGGGAGAUGCGGAUAAAGAAGCUGAGAAGAAGAGAUUAGAGGGAGAAGGGAGUGGAAGUGGAGCUCGUGAAGCAAUAUUUGUUCCAGAGGCUGUUGCUGCGAAGCAAUAA